GAACUGGUUCCCAGGCUGGUGGGCAGUGAGGCUGGGGGACUGAAGCCAGGGAGGUUCCCUCAGUGCGGCCAUGGAGGCCUCUCUGAUGAGCCCACAGUUCCAUGUGGUCACUCCUCUGCUGGAGAGCUGGGCACUGUCCCAGGUGGCGGGCACCACUGUCCACCUCAAGUGUGAGAAUGUGCAGCCGGCCGGCUCCUUCAAGAUCCGGGGCAUCGGGCAUUUCUGCCAGGAGGUGGCCAAGAAGGGCUGCAAGCACCUGGUGUGCUCCUCAGGUGACCGGCAUGCCCCUCUCUGCUUGGUGGGGUCCUCAGGACUGCGGGCAGGGGAGGAGGGGCUGAUUGAUAGCAGUCUUCUUAAGGAGGUCUGGGAUGACGCCAAUAUGAAGGCUCAGGAGUUGGCCAGGCAGGAUGGCUGGGUGCACGUGCCCCCUUUUGACCACCCCCUGAUAUGGGAAGGCCAUGCCAGUCUGGUUCAAGAGCUGAAGGCAGUGCUGGGAGCCCCACCAGGCGCCCUGGUGCUGGCGGUGGGGGGCGGGGGGCUCCUGGCCGGGGUGGCAGCUGGCCUGGCAGAGGUGGGCUGGCAGCACGUACCAGUCAUCGCCAUGGAGACCCGUGGGGCCCACUGCUUCAACGCGGCCAUCCAGGCCGGCCGUCCAGUCACUCUGCCAGCCAUUACCAGUGUGGCCAAGUGCCUGGGUGCCAAGACAGUGGCCGCUCGGGCCCUGGCGUGCACGCGGGAGUGCACCAUCAUCUCUGAGGUGGUACAGGACUCGGAGGCCGUGAAUGCGGUGCAGCGUUUCCUAGACGAUGAGCGGAUGCUGGUGGAACCUGCCUGCGGGGCGGCCCUGGCAGCCAUCUACUCAGGCCUUCUUGGGCGUCUGCAAGCUGAGGGCCGCCUCAGCCCCUCCCUAGCCUCAGUGGUGGUCAUCGUGUGCGGGGGCAACAGCAUUGAUAGCCGGGAGCUGCAGGCCUUGAAAGCCCAGCUGGGAGAGAGCUAAGGGCUCCGGGCUUCCUUGUGGCUGGUGGAGGGGAACAUGGGCACACCUGUUAGCCGUGGACGCUUCGGUGCUGCCGCCUCCUGCAGGAAGUCCUCCUAAACACUCCUUUUGGCUCCGCCCCAGCCAAUAAACCCUUUAUGACCUGA